AUGGCCAAUGGUUUUGGGAGCCUCGAGCGCUUCUUCACGAAGAAGGAGAAGAAGACUUCAGCUGUCACAAGCAACCAUGUACAGCCAAUUCCUACCCAGCCAGCUUCUGCCCCUCCUACUAUACCUCAAUUCCCUUCGCCUUCAUUUAUCCGCCCAAAGACCAGCCGGAUGGCUGCACGAGAGGAGUUCAGAAAGCAGCCUGCGAGCCGACAUCCUUCUUUUCCCGGUCCUGUUUCUCCUCAUCGAGUGGACUUCUCAGAUGCUCAAAGUCCUACAUGCCUAUCGGAUCCUCAACAUUCACAAUACUCUCCUCUCAAUACCUCCAUGCCUGAAAAGUCCUUUCUAGGCGACUUCAACGUUUACCAAUUCCCUCGACCCCCAACCAGCCAAGGGGGAACCUCCGCCUCGUCUUCUACUCGCGAUCCGAAAUCAUCGAUGGAAGCGCCUAGUGAGCGCAGCCUUCCUCUUCGACGCCCAAGACAGAAAGCGUCAUGCAGUUCGCGGCUUGAAACACCGCCCUCAUCAGACUUGGAAGACGAGGGUACCUCCAGUCCUCUCUACUUCCGUAAUAAGAAACUUCCAGCACUGCCCCAGCAGAGGCUUCCAACCCCAGAGUCUUCUCCAGAACUUCGUCCCCUUCAUAUCGCACAACUAACAGCAUCGAAAUCGAUCGACAUCCUCAACAAGGCUGUGUACAGAGAUAUCCGACGCCAUUUUACCAAGAACUUGGAACAGCAACAAGUACAGAAAGCUGCCAAUUUUACCUACCAGGAGUCUUGCACGAACAGACUCUCUAUCAGUAGCUCUACUCUCCGAGAACCAAACUUCAAUGAGUUCUUUGAGCUAAGUGAUGAUGACAUUGCUGAGUCGGCUCUAGAAGAGGCAGCAGAUGUACCAGAAGCACCCAUUCCAUCCACUCCUUACUCUCCUACUGGAUCCACUUGCUCUUCUGUACUGGUAUUGACUCCUCCCCCCCAUGCUAGCAAACCUGCUGUCAUUGGCGCUUUCGAGGCUGCUAGAAUUGCUGCCCGCUACGACUUCGAUUUCAUUUACGUGGUCAACUUAUGGACGGAUCAUUCUCAGGCGCAGACUGGUGUACAGUCUCCGGGAAAGAAGACCAAGCCCUUGGCCGGUCGUCUUCUCGCUUCCUAUGGAAUGGAGAACCUCCACGCGCCAAUGCAGAUAUCAACUGCAAGCCAUCGAAAGAUGCUGAAGACCUCAGGAUGGAUUGAGUAUCGGCCUCAACACUUUAGAGAUGACGAGUUUGCGCGGGGUUAUGCCCAUGCCUUUUACACCGGCCGUGGCACGUCGAGAAAUUCUGCCUCUUCAUCAGCUUCAGUGCAGCUCACAAAUCCUGACCGCGGAAUUGUCUUCGCCGCCUACCGUGUACCACGAUCUGAAGGCACUCUGGCGUGUACCAAAUCUGAUCUUUCCAACCUACACAAGGAUGCAGAGGCACUUGUUGAGAUGCUCGUCGAUAUCAACGAAACAAAUCAGCUGCGCGAGCCUCGAUCUCCUUCUUAUCAAUCGGAAGAAACCGGCCCCAUGCCAACACGAAGGUUCGGUAUCUGCGAAGUCAACAACAGCGAACAUCCCUAG